AUGCACAUUGGAAGAAGCAGCAUCGGGCCUGCAGAGCCCGGCCUCAGCAGCCAGAGACGAGGGAACAGAAAGAAGGACGACAAAAAGGAUGAAAAGAAGGACGACAAAAAGGAUGAAAAGAAGGAUGAUAAAAAGGACCCCAAAAAGGAUGACAAAAAGGAAGAACCGAAGGAGGUGUGGAUCAUGGACCCAGCCACGGAUAUGUAUUACUACUGGUUGCUCACAAUAGCUGUCCCAGUGUUCUACAAUCUGAUAUUCCUGGUGGCCAGGGCUUGUUUUAAUGAACUACAGUAUCAAAAUUCAACACUCUGGAUGGUUUUGGACUAUGUAUCAGAUGCCCUCUACUACAUUGACAUCUUUGUGAGAGCCAGGACAGGUUUUCUGGAGCAAGGACUUCUUGUAAAGGAUGCAAAGAUCCUGAAAGAAAAGUACAUGAAGACGCCCCAGUUCAAGUUAGACAUGUUAUCAGUGAUUCCUACUGACAUUGUUUUCUUCCAUAUCGGAAUCAACAACCCAGAGUGGAGGUUCAACCGUCUCUUUAGGUUAGGCCGUCUCUUUGAGUUCUUCGACCGGACUGAAACACGAACCAAUUUUCCAAACAUCUUCCGAAUCGCUAAUCUUGUACUUUACAUCAUCAUCAUCAUCCACUGGAACGGGUGCCUGUACUUUGCCGUGUCCAAAAUACUUGGUUUUGGGUCAGACACUUGGGUCUACCCCGGGCCAGCAAAACCAGAGUUUUCUCAGCUCACCAGACAGUACAUCUAUUGCUUUUACUGGUCCACUCUUACCUUGACCACUAUUGGUGAGACACCACCGCCAGUCCGAGACGUUGAAUACUUUUUUGUCGUGGUUGACUUUCUUACUGGGGUUUUGAUCUUUGCAACAAUUGUUGGAAAUGUUGGAGCCAUGAUCUCCAACAUGAAUGCUGCACGUGUAGAGUUCCAGGCGAAGAUCGACUCUAUCAAGCAGUACAUGCAAUUUCGAAAGGUCACUAAAGACUUGGAGGCCAGGGUGGUGAAGUGGUUCGACUACCUGUGGACUGAGGGGAAAACCUGCGAUGAAAAGCAGGUGCUAAAAAAUCUGCCAGACAAGCUGAAGGCAGAGAUAGCCAUUAACGUACAUCUGGAAACCCUAAGAAAAGUGCGCAUCUUUCAAGACUGUGAAGCUGGUUUGCUUGUUGAGUUGGUCCUGAAGCUUCAGCCUCAAGUUUUCAGUCCUGGGGAUUACAUCUGUAAGAAAGGGGAUAUUGGUAGGGAAAUGUAUAUCAUCAAAGAAGGAAAGCUCGCUGUAGUAGCAGAUGAUGGCGUUACCCAGUUUGUGGUCUUGAGUGACGGAGCUUAUUUUGGAGAAAUCAGCAUCCUUGGGAUCAAAGGUAGUAAGGCAGGUAACCGAAGAACAGCCAACAUUCGAAGUGUGGGCUAUUCUGAUCUCUUUGCCCUGUCCAAAGAUGAUCUCAUGGAGGCACUAACAGAGUAUCCUGAUGCUAAGAAUGCUCUGGAGGAGAAAGGAAGGGCCAUUCUGAUGAAAGACAAUCUCAUAGAUGAGUCGCUUGUCGCUGCUACUGAUGCUAAAGAUUUGGAGGACAAAGUUGAUCAGAUUGAAGCCAGUUUCGAAAUCAUGUCAGCGAAAUUUCGAAAGCUGACAAAUCAAUACGAGUCCUCUCAGCGCAAACUCAAGCAGCGCCUCAGUAAUUUAUCAAACCAGUUCAGAAGCCUCAGAGUAGAUGAGUAG